AUGAGUGCCGGCGAGCCUGCCGUCAGCAUCCCCAUCCACGACCACGACCAUGGCAAGGCCCCGGCCACUUCUUCUGCCGUGCCUCCUGUCGCGGCCGCCGCCCCGGCAGCCGCGGUGGCGUCACGCAAGGUCGGCAUCCCGUUCUUCCGCCGGGGCGACCACCACCGCGGCAGCCGCUGCCUGGCGUUCCUCGACUUCAUCCUGCGGAUCGCCGCCUUCGGCCCCGCCCUCGCGGCGGCCAUCGCCAGCGGCACGUCCGACGAGACGCUCUCCGUCUUCACCGACUUCUACCAGUUCCGCGCCAGAUUCGAUGACUUCCCGGCCUUCCUGUUCUUCAUGGUGGCCAACGCGAUCGUGGCAGGGUACCUGGUGCUGUCCCUCCCCUUCUCCGCCGUCCUCGUGAUUCGUCCCCAGACCAUUGGCCUCAGGCUUCUCCUGCUCGUCUGCGACAUGAUCAUGGCUGCGCUGCUGACGGCGGCGGCGGCAGCGGCGGCGGCCAUCGUGGACCUGGCGCACAACGGCAACAUGCGGGCCAACUGGGUGGCCAUAUGUAUGCAGUUCCAUGGCUUCUGCCAGCGCACCAGCGGCUCCGUCGUCGCCUCCUUCCUCACCGUCCUCAUCCUCAUGCUCCUCGUCAUCUUGGGCGCCUGCUCCAUCCGCAAACGCUAGCUUAAAUCGUGCCUGCAAUUAAUAUAUAUACACAUACAUGCAUAUAUUUACGUUUGGUUUCUGCAUGAAUACGCGAUUGAGUGAGUGCAUUUUAUUACAAUUGUAAUCUUAUAAUUCUUCUGUACCACAUGCAUUUCUGUACUUGUGAGCAUUUUGCAUGCAUUGGUGAGUGAUCGAGUGGUAGUGCAUUGUACGUUCGUCUGUGCAUCAUCAUCAUCCAUUGUUUCACUUAAUUUCUCCAUGUAAAAAAGGUCAAUGGCGUGAUCAGCGUGUUCUGUAAUCUGAAUUAAACAUCCAAUUCAAACACAGACAUUCUGUCAACUUUGUAUGGAACAAGUGUAU